AUGCAGGUGGUUGAAUUAAUCAGGCGCCUGACACGCUUGCUAACGGAUAAAUGGGCAACGCAUCACACACAUCAUGUAGCAGCAGCAACAGCAACGGCAGCAGGGAGUAGUGAUGGCACUAAAAGUGAAGCCACUUCAACUAGCGGCGGUGGUGGCAUGAUGUCCAAAAUUAAUGCGCGUCACUGGCUACAUCCAACGUCGACACACUCAACUUCAUCCUCACCGUCAGUGACACCACCCACAGCAACGCCUCUGGCGACCACGCCCAUUAUGCCGCUUGCCACCGGCACCAGUAGUGCAACAUUCCUGCCCGCCACAUCGGCCACAACACCAACACCCUCUGUUGCAUCGUCGGCCUCUUCUUCAUCCGCUUCGGUGGCGGCCACUAUUACAACACCGUCGUCUGUCAUGCAUCACCAACAAUUGCAACAACAACUGCAACAACAACAGCAGCAAUUGCUAACCAGCGAAGAGUUGCGACGCAAUACUUUCUAUCGCACGGUUUGCGCCAGCUUUCAAAGCGCCAUUUUACUGCUGGACAUGGACACGGGCGAAAUAAGCGACUACAAUGAAAGAAGCACCAUCAAGGAUGAUUUAGGCACACAACGCGUGUACAAGAAGACCUCACCAAAUUGUGUGCUCACCCUUUAUUUGCCAACACGCGAGAUCACCCUCUCUGGAAAUAAUCCAGCCAUAGUACACGGCAUUAUCUAUGUGGAUCCGAAAGCAAUACAGGGUUAUCGAGUGUAUGCGCAGUUGACAUUGACGUUUCGUUAUGGACGAGAGGAUGAGGAGGUGAUGGGUUUGCGUUUCUGCAAUGAGGCCAUCAUGUCGCUGCAUCAAGUCUGGCCGAGGAAUGAGGAGCCUGCGCUUGAGUCACUCAGCCCAAUGCAGGAAGCCUUAGUCAAGCGUCUCGGCGAUGGUGCGCACCCAUUCACACUCACCUUAACCCCACAAGCGCCACCAAGCGUACAAUUAGUGCCGGCAAAACGUUACUUUGGCGCACCAAUAGGCACCAGCUACGAUGUGCGUUGCUUUAUAGCCGACAAAACGGAUGAGAAAUUCCAUAGGCGCACCGCCGUCAAAAUGGGUGUACGCGUCAUUUAUCGCACCGAUGUCUACCAUCAUGCCAAUGGACCGGACAAUUUCGGCGCUUUCAGCAGCCAGGGCACCUCACCACCGUCCACUGCUGCUUUGACCUCACCCCCAUCGACGCUCACUAAUACUGUCAACUCUCCUGCACACACUCAAAGCGGCAGCACUACACCCGCCUUAGCCUCGGCGCUGGGUGGCAGCUGUAGCGCCGAAAGCAAUACUAGUUUUGAGGGUACAUCUGGCAGCGAUCGCGCGCAGUCAACACAGCCGACCACACAAAGCCACGCCAAGCCACGCAAAUCGGAACGUGGUGACUCGUUCCCUAAGCUGCGUCUUUCGCCGAAGUCCUUUCGCUUUAGCGGCCGCUUUGGACGCAGUAAAAGUGAGAUUGAAAAGUGUCCGAGCGAUCCGUUCUACAACUAUAGUAAAUCGUUUCAGGAGUACGAUUCCACUGCUGCUGGCGGUGGUGGUGGUGGUGCCGGUGUCGGUGUUGGUAUUGCCAAUGUACCACCACCUCACUCCGCAUCGCUUGCUGGUGGUUGCGCGGUUGGCGGUGUGAUUGGUGGCAAUGCAGCCACCGCCAUGGCGGGUGCGCUUAGCUGUGGCGGUGGACCACAGGGUGCGGUGGACAAGCCAUUUCUAUUACAGGAUGGGCGUGUUGGCUUGCAGGCGAGCCUCGAUAAGGCCUGGUAUACACAUGGUGAGGAAAUCUGUGUGACGGUGAAUAUCAAGAAUGACAGCCGCAAGACGGUGCGAAAAGUGCGGGUGAACGCCAUCCAACAUGUCGACGUCUGCAUGUUCAACAACGGCAAAUUCAAAAAUGUUGUCGCCGACUCCGACACCAGCUCGCCCGUGGAUCGCACAGUCCCUCCUGGUGGCACGCUAAACACCACAGUCAUACUCAAACCCCAACGCGGCCAAACCAAAAACUGGAUUGCACUCGAAGAUACGCUACAGCACGCCACUGAAUUGGAAGAGGUCAACGGUGUCAUCGCUGCCUCAGCGAUACGUUCACCAAAUCUUAUACUAGCGCCCGGACAAGCGAUGAAUCCUUGUCACAGUCCCGCCGUGGGCAUACCACAACCAACAGGCUACCAUGGACACGGCGUUUCGGGCAAUGUGGGUGAUGACCGUAACGUCUUCGCCAUUUAUGUGUCCUACUAUGUGAAGGUGAAGCUAACAUUGAGCAGUAUGGGUGGCGAACUCUCGCUGAAGCUACCAUUCGUGUUGGUGCAUGUGGAAGAGCCGCGUAUGCAUCACAUAGUUGAGAGGCUAGCGCUAGACGAUGUGCCAGCGGGUAAGAGAAGUGAUAAUAAAGUGGAAAGUGGCGCUACUACAACAGCAGCGGGUAUAAUAGGAGCGUCGGCACGCAAAGAUGGAAAUGGACGAUUGAGUGGGCAUGCACAACACCUCGAUCGCAUCGAAUCUGUGGACGAUGAGAUACGCUUGCCGAUACCAGAACCAGAUACGCCAACUACUAUAUCAAGCAACAAUAACAAGCGUAAACUUGUGCGCAGCGAAACGCUAGCUAAAGACUUGGAGGAGGAAAUAGAAGAGCAGGUAGCAAUAGAAGCUAGGAAAUCUACGCUUACCAGUGCAGAGAACAGUGUUACAAAAGAAGACGCAGAGUUGGAACAAGUGCAUGUAGUGCAAAUACACGCACAUGAGACGGUGGGCAAAGAAGCUCAGUCGGAGGAGGCCAAGCAACAAAUGAUGGAUACAGAAGCGAAAGAAGAUGUGGUAUUGGAAAAUACCCCCUCGGUUGUUGAUAAACAGCAGCAAACAGUCGAUCAACCCAACGCCCCAAUCACUGAAGAGAUAGUUUAUGCAAAUGUGCAAAUAGGUUCCACAGCUAUGGAGGAAACGCCUAACGUCGAUGGUCUCAACCCACAAGCAACUAAUGUGUGA